UUCAACGUUGGCGGUGCGGUCACACUCGACAACAAUCCAACAAUCCCAUAACUGCCCGACCGUAAAAAGUGCAUUUAACCAAACCCAAUCAGCGACCAAAAUACGAGCCAUGGCCCAGGAGGAGGAACUGUUAACCUAUCGCCGCUGCAUUGGCCAGCAGCUGGAGGAGCUGGAGUUGCUGAGCUCCAUUUACUGUGCUCCGGAAUUGGAGAUGCUCGAUGCCGGGGUCGUUGCCGAUUUCAAUGAGUUCCUUGAGGAGGAUAAGGACAGCACCCCCGCAGAUCUUCGGUCGGAUCUAGAGUACCUUGUGAAAUUGAGUCUACCCGCCAGGCAGAGCGUGGAAGUCCGAGUGAAACUACCCCAUCUAUAUCCAAUAUUGGAGCAGGGGGUCAGUGUGUACAGUCCCUUGCUGGGAAAAUCCAGAGAACAGCGGCUAAAGACAGAUAUAGAACAGUAUCAAAGAGACCGACGGCAGGAGGAUGCAGAGCCGUAUAUAUUCCAGCUGCUAAGUUGGCUGCAGGAUCAGAUCGAGGAUCUAUUGAAACGGCCAUCCUCCGAGUUUGUGGAGCCGCCAGAAACCUUGAGCGCGCCACCAGCUGCCCUCCAUCUCGAACGCCUGUGGAUAUAUUCGCACCACAUAAAGUCCACAGCCAAGCGGCAGGAAUUGGUACGCCAGGCCCGCCAGCUGGAACUCACUGGCUUCAGUCGACCCGGCAAACCCGGCAUCAUAUGUGUCGAGGGUGACCCGGAUAAUUGCCAGGAAUUUUGGCGCAGCGUUAAAGCCCUCCGCUGGCAAAAGAUCAGCUUGGUGCGACGGAGUCGCGGCAGCGCAAGCGUGUUUCCAGGAUUCAGCGAACAGCUCUUCAAUGCCGAGGAGGGAGUGAUGAAUAUGGGUCAGUUUAUUCGAUUCCUCGAGGACCACGGCGUUGGCUACAUGAAGGCAGAAUUGUUUGGUUUAGCCUGAGCGGCAUCCGGUCAGACUCCCCCAAAAUUCGAUUUGUAAAUAAAGUUUGUUAUAUGAGUUGAUUAUA